AUGAUGCUUUCCACGUCUCUGAGAACCCAACCCCUCUUUCCCGGCAGCCUCAGUAGCCAACUUAAACCUGAUCUUUUCUCCGACCCGGAAGCCAGCUUCCUUUCUCCCACUACCUCUGGUGCUCUGAUAUUUCAUCCCAGUUCACCCCAGGUGUCAACCUCCAAUGUUUCGACGACAUCGCCACAGUUAAUGAGGCGACCUUCGCCUGAAGAGCAGACGAUAACGCUUCCCUCCUCUUCGUCGGUGCUCUCCAUUCGGCCUGCUUCGUUCGUACUGGGUCAAACCAAUCUAGCUCAUUCAUUGGCACAAUCGGAAUUAACUGGUUCUUCUGAUUCUGAUCUUCCCCCUAAUACUACCGUUGCAACAGCUCAUCAGAGUCAGCGAGCCCCGGCCUCGGCGGCCAAGUUUAACUCCAAUUCUAAACAAGCUCUGGAGAGGAUAUCUGCUCAUUUCACUUUUUCAUGUGCCGACUCCGGAACGGGAAGUGGUCAGACUGAUCCUUCUAGUCCGAGUAGACCAAGUAGUAUGACUCGACUCUCCGGAAGAAAGGCCCAGCAACCAACUGAGGCAUCUGAGGCACCGUCCCACAGCAAACGGAGAAUAAAGAAAGCAGAUGACUUGCUAGGGCUUAACAUCCUAUCAGCUACUAAAUCCGAACGGCCUAUUGAUCAAACGAACGGGAUGCUCCUUAUACAACAUUUCAUGUCUCGUCAGGCAAGAUUGCUGAUUCAGCGAGACGUAAGGUUUCUAUGA